CAUGGUCGUCAAGAAACGCAGAGAAUCCGAGGAAAUUUUCAAACGUUUCCGGAUUCUUUUAAAUCGGCGGCGCCAGAUUGUAACCGGAAUAAUUAUUUAACGAUAACUCAAGACACGUGUGAAGUUGGACGAUGGAGGGGCAGUAAAGGAAAAGAAGAAAAUAUUUCUAGAAAGAACUCAAAGUUCCUGAAACAUUCCAGUCGGGAGCCAGAUGGAAAAAGUCUAAAAAUGUCCGAAUUUUUCAGAGGGAAGCUGCGAAGCGGCAAUCAGUACUCGAAGGGUGGAAUUCUCCGAGUCUUUGAUUCUGAUUCAGCCUCCAUUGAUCACUGCAUUGGAGAACAUGUCAGCUUAUUGGUGGAAAAGCUUCGACGAGGACGAAGAUCGACCAGAGAAGCCUCGGCGAUUUGGAGUAACCGAGAUGAGAGGCCCCCAUUACACUCUCUCCAGCCAAAAUGUUAUUCAGGACAUUUUUGAGUCCAUGGGUCAAUUCGUCGAUGGGAUAAAGUUCUCCGGCGGUUCCCACAGCCUGUUGUCGAGGGAUUUUGUUAAAAAGGUGACUGAAAUGGCUCAUAAACACGACAUCUAUGUCAGUACAGGUGACUGGGCGGAGCACUUGCUUCGCAAAGGUCCAUCGGGUUUCAAUGAGUAUGUGGAGGAAUGUAAGCUCUUGGGAUUUGACACUGUCGAGCUCAAUGUGGGAUCGCUUGAAGUUCCUGAAGAAACUAUUCUGCGAUACGUGCGUUUGAUAAAGAACGGUGGCCUUAGGGCUAAGCCUCAAUUUGCAGUGAAGUUCAAUAAGUCUGACAUCCCCAUCAGUGGCAAUCCAGCAUUUGGAGCUUAUAUUGUUCCAAGACCUCGAUCUUCUGAACUUGUAGAAGAUGUUGAUCUUUUGAUCAGAAAGGCUGAGAGAUGCCUAGAAGCUGGGGCGGACAUGAUAAUGAUUGAUGCAGAUGAUGUCAGUAAACACGCCGAGACUCUCCGAGCAGACAUCAUUGCCAAGAUCAUCGGACGUCUUGGUCUAGAGAAAACAAUGUUUGAAGCAUCGAAUCCCAGAACCUCGGAGUGGUUUAUCAAACAAUACGGCCCGAAGGUGAAUCUCUUUGUGGAUCACUCUCAAGUCAUGGAUCUGGAGUGCCUCCGGGGCCGCAACCUGGGUAAAAAUCACUCUUCUAUUCUUGGUUCCUCCUACUUUCAGAUUUAAAGCUGCUGUUUCAACUCCACAGAUUUGUGUUGGGUUCUGUAUGUCAACUUCAACACUGUUGCAGUGUGUUUUGAUGCUCUUGACUGCAAUGCAUCUUUUUAUUUUAUUUUAUUUUUGGAUUCAGAACUCUAAACUGUACUUCGCUUUUCUUUAAUAAAUGAAAGGGCUCCACUGGUUGUAUAAAAUGACAUAUUGGAAUGA